AUGAAGGUUCCAUGUCCGGAAGUCUUCGAAGAUGGAGAUGUGUGGACAUUCCUGGAGGAGUUUGAGGACGUCAAGGAGAUACGGACGGACAGGGGUAAGUUGACGGCCCUCCGAUUAUUCCUCAAGGACCGGACGCGGGCGGUGUCGGAUGCGGCGGAAAGAAACCCGGGAGGCGUUCCAGAGCUUCAGAACGGUGCAGCUCGAAGUUGGCAUAGAUCUCCUGUCGCAAACCGUGGUCCGGCACACCCCGUUUUAUCAAGCGCUGCCAACUUUGAACGAGGCCGCUCAGCCGGAAUUAUCGUCGGAGAGUUUUGCGAAGAGUCCCCUGGACGAUCUACGGACUCACAAAGUCCCAAAAAGACAGCCGCUAGAGGAUGUUACGGCAGCCCCGAAAAAACUGACAGAAGAAGUGGCGGCACCGAGGUUAAAAUGCAGAGUAAGAAGGAACAGGAAUGUGAGCUUUCAAUGCCACAAGCUGGGCCACUGGAAGAGGAAUUGCCCAGAAUGAUCCAGUAA